AUGGCGCAUCCCGACAACAUUUCCGGAGAUGAAUUAGAAGUUCCGGAAGACGUCAACGUAGAUGCUAAGUUUAAAGAGUCAAUUAAAGAUGUUAAAACAAUUGUCAUUGCGGUGGAUUGGGUCCGAAAUAAAGCAAGUAAAUUUGGAUUUAGCGUUGUGAUAGCAAGGUCUGACAAUAGCACUAGUAGAAGGCAAGCAUUUGUUAUGAUGAGAUGCGAGAGGGGUGGGAAGUAUGUUCCAACAAAUCGGAAGUUAAAACAUGAUGACACAAGGUCGAGAAAGUGUGCGUGUUCGUUUAAGUUGCGCACAUCUUGUAGGGUUGAUGGUUUGUGGUGUUUUAGCGUCAUCUGUGAAAUUCAUAAUCACACAUUGGAGACCAAGCUACACGACCAUCCAGAAUCAGAAUUAUCGAUAAUCAAAGUUGCGCCGAGAAACAUACUUGCCGAUUUGAAGCGAAAAAGACCAGAUAGUGUUUCAAAUAUCAAGCAGGUAUACAAUGAACAUUACAAUCUUAGCACUACGAAAAAAGGUCCGAGGUCGAAAAUUCAACACCUUUUGAAACUGUUGGGUGAUAACCAAUAUGUUUCAAGUUUCAAAGCUUGUGAGGACAUAGUUACUGUUCGUGACAUAUUUUGGACUCAUUGCGAAAGUAUCAACUUGUUCAACACAUUUGCAACCAUCCUUAUAAUUGAUUCGACGUACAAGACCAACAAGUAUAGGCUUAUACUUCUAGAAAUUAUUGGUGUGACCUCUACGGACAAGACAUUGUCGGUUGGAUUCGCUUUUUUGCAAUGUGAGAAAGAAGAUAACUUUAUAUGGGCUUUGGGAAUAUGUUAG